AUGCCUGGCCUCGUCACGGCAACGGGAGUUCUUGGCUUCCUGGCCGACGAGGAGCCCGAACUAAAGGUUUUCGCUCUUCAGACACUCAACGAUGACCUCGAUACCGUCUGGACAGAGGUAGCCGGAGCUUUGAGUCAAAUUGAGGCCCUCUACGAGGAUGAAUCCUUCCCUGAACGUCAGCUUGCUGCCCUGGUGCUGGCAAAGGUUUACUACCAUCUUCAGGCUUACAAUGAGAGUAUGACUUUUGCCCUGGCGGCGGGCGACUUGUUCAAGCUCGAUGCGCCUGGCGAGUUCGAGGAGACCAUCAUCUCCAAGUGCAUUGACCAAUACAUUGCCGUUUCAUCGAUGCAUCACGCACCCGCGAAACCAUCCAAGUCUGAUAGCUCCCUGCCAACCCUGGAGACGACUUUCGCUGCCGGUGUGACCGAUCCAUCCGCUCUCAUGUCUCCCACGACUCCAUUUUCUCAGUCAACGAUACCAUCCAAAUCCCUUCUGUCCCGCGAUUCGACGGACAACACCAUUUUGGAUCCGACAUUCCAGCCCGCCACCAAAAAGGGCCGUUCAGGCUCGAUCGUACAGCUCCCCGAUCAGCAAACUCAGAAGGCGCUGCAGCGGGUCAUUGAGCGCCUCUUUGAGAACUGCUUGAAGACGGGCCGGUACCGACAGGUCGUGGGCAUCGCUGUGGAGGCCAAGAACCUGGACGUUCUGCGCGGGGUUAUCAAGAGGGCAAGCGACGAUGAGAAGCGAACCAAGGGCAAAUCCCAAGAAUCUAGUCAGAGCCCGGGCGACGAGUUGAUGGAAUACGCCCUCGGCAUCUGCAUGGACAUUGUUCAGGAGCGCAGCCUGCGGACAGAGAUUCUCAGGCUGAUUCUCAGUCUACUCAAUGACAUACCCAACCCUGACUACUUUGCCAUCGCCAGAUGUGUCGUUUAUCUCAACGCUGAUGAGGAGGCAUCGACAAUGCUUCGUAAGCUUGUGGGCAAUGGCGAUGUCAACUCGAUAGCGAGCGCAUAUCAGAUUGCGUUUGAUCUUUACGACAAUGGCACGCAAGAAUUUUUGGGCAAGGUCAUCAAGUCACUACCCUCGGGGGAGCCGCGCAAGAAGCCUGAAGCCGAAAAGCAUGAAGGAGCGGAGCCUGCCGAAGAUGCGCCGCUUUUGGAGAACGCCGAAGAAUCGAGUCCCGAAGAUUCCGAGGAAGACCUACCCGAGGAAGUUGCGAAAGUCUUCAGGAACAUCCGCACCAUCUUGGAUGGCAGCAAGACCAUCAAGUUGAAUCUCGAGUUCCUUUACCGAAACAACCACACAGAUCUCAGCAUCUUGAACAAGGUUAGGGAGAGCUUGGAAGGCCGCAACUCAAUCUUCCACACCGCGGUGACUUUCUGCAAUGCCUUCAUGAACGCCGGCACAACCCACGACAAGUUCUUCAGGGACAACCUUGAAUGGCUAGGCAAGGCAGUCAACUGGUCCAAGUUCACAGCCACGGCUGCUCUUGGAGUCAUCCACCGCGGCAACCUUACACAGUCACGCAAGCUUCUUGAGCCCUACCUUCCGAAAUCUGGAGGCCUUAGCAGCGGCUCGACCUUUAGCCAGGGAGGAGCUCUCUACGCUUACGGCCUCAUCCAUGCCAACCAUGGUGCCGACGCUCUUGACUACUUGAGGUCUAUGUUCACUGGCCAUGAUGACGAGGUUAUUCGCCACGGUGGUGCUCUCGGCCUGGGCAUUGCAGGCAUGGCUACUGGCGAUGAGGAAAUGUUUGAAGAGCUCAAGAAUGUGCUAUGGCAAGAUUCUGCGCUCAAUGGUGAGGCCGUCGGUUUGGCCAUGGGUCUCGUCAUGCUUGGUACCGGAAACGCCAACGCGCUCAAGACCAUGUUCCAGUAUGCCCACGACACAACACACGAAAAGAUUGUUCGCGGUUGCGCCUUGGGCAUGGCCCUGAUCAUGUUUGGGCGUCAGGAAGGUGCCGAUGUUAUCAUCGAGGCUCUCCUUGCUGACCCCGACCCAACCCUCAGGUAUGGUGGUAUUCUCACAAUUGCCAUGGCUUACUGCGGGACUGGAAGCAACAAGGCCAUCCGAAAGCUCCUUCACACCGCGGUUAGCGACGUCAACGAUGAUGUUCGUCGUAUCGCCGUGAUGAGCUUGGGCUUUAUCCUCUUCCGCAAACCCGGUAGUGUUCCUCGUAUGGUGGAGCUUCUGUCAGAGUCUUACAACCCCCACGUUCGGUAUGGUUCUGCCAUGGCUCUUGGUAUCUCAUGUGCCGGCACCGGUCUCGAUGAGGCGAUUGACCUCCUGGAGCCGAUGAUGAAGGACCCGACAGACUUCGUCCGUCAGGGUGCUCUGAUUUCGCUCGCCAUGAUCAUGGUGCAACAGAACGAGGCGAUGAACCCCAAGGUUGCUUCAAUUCGCAAGACUUUGAAGAGGGUUGUCGGUGAUCGUCAUGAGGAUGCCAUGACCAAGUUUGGCGCCUCGCUUGCACUGGGCAUCAUCGAUGCCGGAGGUCGCAACUGCACCAUCGGUCUUCAGACCCAGACCGGCAACCUUAACAUGCCGGGCAUCGUUGGCAUGGCUGUCUUCACCCAAUACUGGUACUGGUUCCCAUUCACUCAUUUCCUGUCAUUGAGCUUCAGCCCAACUUCUAUCAUCGGGCUGGACCAUGACCUCGAGAUCCCCAAUUUCAAAUUCCACUGCGCUGCGCGCCCGAGCUUGUUCGACUAUCCCCCAGAGCAGGAGGUCAAGACCGAAGAGGGCCCCGCUCUUAUUGCCACGGCUGUUCUCUCCACCACUGCUCAGGCCAAACGCCGUGCCCAGAAGAAGGCAAGUGCGCAGCGGCGCGAGAGCAUGGACAUCGAUUCGCCUGCUAUUUCCAAGCCGGUCGUUGCCGAUGCAGGAGACAAGAUGGAUGUUGACGACGACAAGAAGGCCAAGGCAGACGAGUCUAAGGAUAAGAAGGAUGGGGACUCUGCGGUUGAGAAAGAGGGCUCGGCGGCGCCUGAGACCAAGAAGAAGGCAGAAAGGGAAAAGGUCGGCUAUGAGAUUGAGAACAUGUCUCGAGUGUUGCCUGGCCAGCUGAAGUUCAUCAGCUUCCCUGCCGGUCGUUACAAGCCUGUCAAGAAGCCCACCGGCGGUCCACUUCUUCUGCAAGAUACACAGCCCGAUGAGCCCAAGUCGUUGAUCGAGGAGAAGCUCAAAAAGGUUACUGUUGAGAAAGCACCCGUUGCCGGCGCCCAGGCUGGCUCAUCGGCUCGCGAUGGCGGACGUAUGGGUGGCCUCAUGACUGACCAACAAGCCCUUAUCCGUGCUGCGCAGCAAAUUGCCUCGGGCGGCGGUGCUGGCGGUGAUGACAAUUGGCGAGAGGCGCUCGGUCGGGGAGGUCGCGCUGGCGAGAGUGAGCUUUUCCGACAGCUCCUGGGAGGUCGCGCCCAGUCUGGUUCCGCUGGUGUGUCUGGAGGAGACCAACGCACAGGGGCUGCCGCCGCCGCCGGCGUUCUGACUGCCGUGGAUGAGGACGGCGAGGACGAUGAGGAGGCCACCGUUCCCCAUGACUUUGAGUACUUCACCGACAACGAAGAUGAGGAAUUGUGA